AGCUCUUAUUCUUUCUUUACCUGGAUUAACUCGCGAACGGCAACUUUUAAAAAAAUAUAUUUUUCUUAAAUUAUUUUUUCUUUUUUCUUGGAGGGUCUUUUUUCUCUGUCACAAUGUUGUGGAAAUUAGCCGACAACGUCAAAUAUGAAGACGACUGCGAGGAAAGGCACGACGGCAACAGCAAUGGGAACCCCCGGCUGCCUCACCUGCCAGCGGUCAGCCAACACCUCUACAGCCCGUCUCCCUCCCUCUCACACUCGGCCAGUUCGGACUUCCAGCCCCCGUACUUCCCGCCCCCUUACCAGCCUAUCUCCUACCCUCAGUCCAGCGACCCCUACUCCCACCUCGGCGACCCUUUCAAUAUCAACUCUUUGCACCAGUCGCAGGCGUCGAACCAGCAGCAGCCAUGGCCUGGAAGGCAGGGUCAGGAUGGGCUCGGAGCUCACUCGAGGAGCGGGUUGGCGAGUCAGAUCCUGGGCCUGGAGGGAGGCUCGUCCGGGGUGAGGAGGGAAGGGUUCCGCCGGCCGGAGCUGCUGCCCCCGCACGCUCACAGUAUAGACUCGUCGGUUAUUGGUGAUAACAUGGGGAUGCACGACAUGGGGCACGGGCUGGAAGAUGUCCAACAUGUAGAUGACCACAGUAUUAUUAUGGCAGAUCAGACAGUCAUCAAAAAAGGUCCUGUCACUCUACCUAAAGGCAACACGCUGGGUCUUCCUUUCCAGAAGGAGUCCCUGCUGGGAAUGGUAUCAAACCCCACGGAGGUGUUUUGCUCGGUGCCCGGCCGUCUCUCCUUGCUGAGCUCCACGUCCAAGUACAAAGUCACAGUGGCUGAGGUCCAGAGACGCCUGUCGCCCCCGGAGUGUCUGAACGCAUCGCUCCUGGGAGGAGUUUUACGCAGAGCCAAGUCAAAAAACGGAGGCCGCUCUCUGAGAGAAAAGCUGGACAAGAUUGGGCUCAACCUGCCCGCCGGAAGGAGGAAGGCGGCUAACGUAACUCUACUUACCUCACUAGUAGAAGGCGAAGCUGUUCAUUUAGCGAGAGACUUCGGUUACGUGUGUGAGACGGAGUUCCCUGCAAAGGCGAUCGCUGAAUACCUGGGCCGGCCGCACGUGGAACGCAACGAGGUUAACUCUCGCAAGAACAUGCUACUCGCUGCAAAGCAAAUCUGCAAAGAGUUCACUGACCUGCUCACCCAGGACCGCUCACCUCUGGGAAACUCUCGGCCGGCCCCCAUCAUGGAGCCUGGGAUCCAGGGCUGCCUCACCCACUUCAGUCUCAUCACUCACGGCUUCGGCUCUCCGGCAAUCUGCGCCGCCAUGACCUCGCUGCAGAACUAUCUGAACGAGGCGCUCAAACAAGUGGACAAGAUGUACCUGAGCUCUGGUAGCGACACCCAGGGCUCCUCAGACAGUGGGAGCAAAUCUACCGACAAAAUGGACAAGCACAGGAAAUGAGAGCUUGGAAGGAGAAUCCUUAUGAACUAGAGAAAAACCCUUGAGUCCCUCGAUCUUGCCGCCCUGUCUGCCCUUUUUUUUGGACUUUAAAAAAAAUCGAUUGAUAAGUAUUGUCAUUUUUGAGAGCUGAAUUAGCGAG